AUGGAUAAGGUUGCCCCAAUCUUCUUCUCGUGCGGUUCCUGAGGGGAAAAUUACCGCCGUCGGCGGCGGACACGAGGGCUCGCCGGGCCAGGGAGAGGAUCCAGGCGCCACCAAACCUCGUACGCGAGGACGCCGCCGUUGCUCGGACUUGAGCGCGGGCCACCUCCACCGCGUGAUGCGGCUGCUCUGUGGAGAGCCGGGCCGAGGCCCGAUCGGAGGAGCGGCGUGUCGUGGCUGUGGUGUCCGCCGCGCCCGGAGGACUGAUGCUUCUGCGACCGUCCUCGACGAGGUUGUUGCCGCUACAGUGAUGGCGAGACGGCGAGACGGCGAGCAGCAGUGGCCGCUAGUUCCAGUUCAAGAAAUUAGAAAAAGACAUGAUUUCUUCCGGUUGAUGCUUCAGCCACCUAUUCAUCUCGCCAUGCUCACAUGCUCGGAUGAAGCGAUGCACUAUGUGGUGCAGAAAAUGCAGCGUUCGUGCCGAGAGGAGCCAGGCCGAGGGGAGCGUCGUUGCGCCGAUGCGCGCCACUGCCUCCUGUCCCGCAGCGGGCUGCAACGAUGAGACUCUGUGCGCGUGCCGGCCGGAGGGUGUCGCUGCAGAGGGUGGUCGGCCAUGGCCAUAUCCUCCGCGCCGUCGAUCUGCGCGGAUGUGAGCCUUUUCUUGUUCUGCUCUUUUUGUUUGUAGUUCAAGAAUGAUCAAUUCUUCGUGAGAUUCGUGUAAGCGCAUAUAUACAUACAGGGUGAACAAUCCAUUGUUA